ACUCCCCCAUGGGAAAAAAAAAAAAAAAAAAAAAAAAUGAAUCCACCAUUUUAAAGGAAACAAACACUAAACACACUUUCCUAAAGGCUUGGACCAUAACACUUUUUUGGUAAUGGCAGCUAUAAAAUGCUUCCUGUAUGUGUGAACUAAUCAUGCUUUAUUUAGGAGUGACUUUGACCUUUGACCUUCUACAUAAAAUUCUUCAAAUCAUGAAUGUCCUUUUGCCUUUUCUGUAGAUUAGAGUUGCAUGUAAGUUAUGUACAUUUUCCACUGAAUUCAAGUAAAGGCUUGACAAUAUUAACAAAUCUUGCUAUGAUAUUGUAGAACACUUGCGGUAAACCCUAAUUUCUUCACUCCCUUUUUCAUCUGUUGUGCUGCUUUCAACACUGACUACUGUCAUCUACAUCCUGAAUAUAACUGCAUAAAAAUACAAAAUCGUGAUAUUUAAGAAUAAUGAACAAAUUGCUAAUCUAUUGUGCAGCUCUAACACAAGCUAGGUAAUAGAAGACUAUCCUGGCAGCUUUAUUUGAUUUCAGAAGCUAGUUGAUUAUUUUCUUGUUGAAAAAUCUACUCACAUUUUAUUUUCAGAUUCAUAUCAAGUAAGUGUAUUUAUCUGUUCACGCCAGAGCCACAUCCUGAAAAACAAACCAGACUUUUCUUCAUCAGUGGAGUCUUGCGCAGUGAGUGUAUAGAGAUGCUGUUUUUGUUGAGCUCAUUGCUUAUCGUUUUCUUGUUGAUUCCAGGCCUUUCAAAAACUUUGCGUGGUCCUUGCCUUUUUGUAUUCAACCCUAUUUGAUUAUACUUUUCACUUUGUAGGAGAACUUGUGAAGACCCUCUGGUCAUAAAUUAGGUCCUUUCCACUGCCAGAUUGUAACUCCAACAGACCUCACUGGAGUUUAGAAAUAUCUCUGGAACCAAAGCCUUCAGUAUAAUUUGUAACAAGAUUUCAAACAUUCUUAGUAUUCUUCUUUUUUAACUAUUACUUUCAUGAUCUUCAUCUUCUUUUGGUUAAAGCUGGCAGAUAAGAUACAUUUUUAUGGAUUAUAAAUUGGAAAUAAAUCAGAUAUUAAUAUAUUAACUCAGAAAAAGAAUUGAUGCCAGAUUUCAGUUGCUAAAUAUGUUUUGCCUUUUUGCACCUUGGUUUACUACUUCCAUGUGUCAUCCCACUACAUUAUGCACAAUUUAUGGACUAUUUUGUUUUAGCUUCCUUAUAUGUGUGAAUUACUUGGGUUAUUCCCAACAUCUGGUGUGAAUUUAAUGUCAAUAGGCCAAUUAGAAAUGGAUUUUCUGUGGAAAAACUUAAUCUUAACAGCUAUUUUCUCUGCUGUGCAACAACAAAGGAUAUUGCCUGGUUAAUUUGACUAAAAAUACUGUUAAAAAAAAAAACGGUGAGAUGCGCACAGAAAUACUUGACUGUAUUUCUUAGAGACAGAGAGGUAAUAAUGUUUUAUUGGGUUCGCUAACUUACUACCAGGUGCAGAAUUUAUGCAAGGUGAACCGCAUUGAAGACGUCAUCUGUACACCGUCUCUUUCCUCUUCUGAAUCAGAAGACUGGAGUUGAUAACAUGAGUCGGUAGAAAGAAAAGCUCACGUUUUCUGUGCAAGACCAAAAAUGGGUUGUCAUUUUCAUGGCACUUGUGGUAACCGUCAUUUUUCUUCCCAACCAGAAGUAAUUUUCACCCUAGGAUCCCAUUUUAACCGGCAGCAGCAGCAACAGCAGCAGCACAGCCAUGCUACCUCUUGCCGGCACUUCCAGUUAGGUCCUCAGGCCCCGCUGCCCAUGGACUUCCCAAUGCCCCAUCCAGGGCAGCCGCAGUCAGGCAUGAACCCCCACCUGGCCCCUCCUGGCCACCAGCACGGUCCUCCGCUCCACCCACCUCUCAACCCUCUGCCCGCUCCGCAAUUCCAGGACAUCCCCGGCCCGCCCUUCCUACCUCAGGCAUUACACCAGCAAUACCUCCUCCAGCAGCAGAUCCUCGAGGCUCAGCACCGACACAUUCUGCCGCCAUCCAGUAGACGCACCCCAGAGAGAGUCCCUCACCAGCCACACAGACUGCGACCAGGCUAUGAGUUUGGUCCUCCUCUUCAUGUCCCUCCUCAGCCGGUGGUGCAGCAGCCUCGCUACCUGGCUGAGGGGACCGACUGGGAUCUCAGUGUGGACGCCGGGCUGCCCCCUCACCAGUACCACAUCCACCCGCUGCCGCAGCACUAUCAGCACUACUUGACCUCCCCCAGGAUGCACCACUUCCCCAGAAACAAUGCCUCAACACAAGUGGUCGUCCAUGAGAUCAGAAACUACCCGUAUCCCCAGUUGCACUUGCUGGCUCUGCAGAGUCUCAACCCUUCCCGGCACGCCUCUGCCGUCAGAGAGAGCUAUGAGGAGCUUCUGCAGCUGGAGGACAGACUGGGCAGCGUGAAUCGCGGAGCCGUCCAAACCACCAUCGAGAGAUUCACUUUCCCCCACAAGUACAAAAAGAGAAUACCGCAGGACCUGAAGAUGUGUCUGGAUGACGAGGAGCUGGACACAGAUGAGAAGUGCACCAUUUGUCUGUCGAUGCUGGAAGACGGAGAGGAUGUAAGGAGAUUACCCUGCAUGCACCUUUUCCACCAGGCCUGUGUGGACCAGUGGCUGGCCACCAGCAGGAAAUGCCCCAUCUGCAGAGUGGACAUCGAGACCCAGCUGACUCCUGACAGUUGAUGGCUCCUCUUGACUCCUGCAGCUUUAGAUGUGGUCUUGUUAUUUCUCCAUCGUCUCCCCCGGUCGGUCCUUGGGGAAGUCCUGCCAAACACCCCUCUUUCCCUCUGCAUCACUCAAAGAGCCUGCCUUCUGAGACAGCCGUGACAGAGGGAUCAACAAAGCACACUCAACGUACAACACAAAGAGAGACGGGGCGGUUGAUGCACAGACAGGUGGCUGGACUGAAUCGAAGGUCAGUUCAAAAAGGACUUUGCUGGAUGUAAAGGUUAGGAGCAGAGACACGUAUGGACAGAUGUGCUGAGGCUUCACACAACUCUGUCAGAUCGUGUACUCCCACUUACAUUUCUCCAUGCAGCUGCCAAGAGAGAGGACGCUCUUGACUGCCAACCUCCCGAGCUCAGUGUGGUGUUUUAGGGCCAUUUCUCUGCCAGUAUAUCCAAGCCCUCUCUGCCCUCUCCCUUCUAGGCCUGUGAAAAAUCCUUUAAGCCGUACUCUGCCCAAGCCCUCACUCAGCACAUCUGUACAGAACAUUGUCAAAUGAUUAGCAUGAGGUUGUUAGGUGUGAACUCUUGUAGCUGAACGCUUGUGGUGUAAUGGAGUAUAGUACUGAAUAAGUAUUUACAGAGUAACAGUGUUGUGUAGCAAGCAAAAAGCCUUCUGGAGAAACAUGUCUGUUAAAAAAAAAAGAAAUCCCACAGAGAGGAUGAAUGCGGCUCUAUUGAGUAUUCAGCAACGAGAGAAAGAGCUAAUUAAAAGAAAAACAAACAAAAAAGGCCAAAAAUCCCUCUUUCUUGUCUAACAUGGUUUUGGAUUUACAGUUAGUAGACGCCAUCAGAGUUGAUGCUGAACCCGCUGACUGCAGGCAUGGCUUUCAGUGAUGUGCGUAGUGUCGUAGCGGGGCCUCUGCAACCCAGAGCGGAGGCCUCGGAUGUGCAUGCUGUAUGGCAGGCUUGGGCUGUGUCGUUAAUAUUGUGGAGCAAGUAGAAGCAGGAACUGUGUCUGUGCAUGUGAACCGUAUAUUAUGAUCAUUCAUAGAGGAGGACAAGAAUGCACCCAGUAGCCCCCCACCCAUCCCUCACCCUGAGUAGACCACGCUUGCCUUUAGACGCCGAUCUCACACCAGUGUGGCAUUUCUCUCCUAAUCACCAUGUUUAGGAUUCAAAGAUCUGCGGGUGGAUCUGGGUCUAAUGGCAAUUCCCUCCAUAGCCUCUCUCGUGACAAGGCAUGGGCCGGUAUGAGAUUCUCCCGGUUUGAUAACAGCAAGGAAAAAUGCCACGGUUUCUGGGUUAAAAAAAAAAAAAAAAGAAGAAAAAAAGUUGCUCCAACAUAAUUUAAUUGUUUUUAUUUCAUGAGCAUAAAUGCAAUUACUAUUUCCACUGCUGCUAAGAUAUAAUCUCAUACCCCUAUAGUGUUAUUGUAAUAACUAAUAAUAUUGUUUAUGAAAUUUAGCUAUUGCGAUGCACAUAUGUAGACACAGACAGUAAGCACACACUCGUGUGUGAACGUUUACCGUCUUUAAAAUCAGUGUCAGCUAUUUGCACUAAUUUUUAAUCAGUAUCAGCUGUACAUAAGUUGUGAUCAUGGUUUGAAUCCUGAAAAAGUCAAAAAUGUUCAGAUUAAAUUUAAAGUCAGCCAUUAAAAAAGAUAAGUGAAGGCAUAACUAAACAGUACAGGUGUAAUGAUACAAUCAGCAACAUUUGGUUCACCAGAAUGAGAGAAAUUUUACCAAUAUUUUCUGUUUUCACUGGUCAUAAAGUGUUUAAAAUAAUUUAAAACCAGUGUAAUAUAUUACAUUCGAUUUGACUAGUCCAUAUAUUGCGGUUUCUGGCAGCGAUAGGAAGUACUUACUGCUUGUAUCUCACGUCAGUUUCUUUUCUUUUUUUUUUUGUUGUUAUUUUUACCAAGUAUCCAAAAUACAGAUUAAAUUAGUGAAUCAUAAAAUGAGAUGACAAUAUUUUUUUGAAAACUAAGUAAACAAUCCCAAAUUACAAACUUUGGUUUAGAGAAUCUGAAUUCAUUGACUCGUCCAUUUAUUUAGAUUUUUCUGCUGGUUCUGGUGUGGAAAAAAUUUAAGUAAAUACAUAUAUAUAUAUAUAUAUAUAUAUAUAUAUAUAUAUAUAUAUAUAUAUAUAUUUAAAUUAAAACAGGUCAAUUAACCCUUUUAAAGCACAUUGGCGCUGAAGUGCGUUGAGAAAUAUUAAGUUACUGAACUCCAAUAAAACUAACCUUUGAUGCUUGCAAAUCCCAAGAAACAGUAGAAUGACUUGGCAUGCUACAUUUGCAUUUGGAAGUAUUUCUUCACUUCUUCCAUGGUAGGAUCAAUAAAUAUGUGUGUUUGCUCAGUGAGACUGAACCAUUUACCAGAACAAUUGCACUAAUUAAUGUACAUGAUGUAGCACAGCUGCUUAUCUAUUGAGAAAUGGUUGUUUACAAGGAAAUUUUAUUUCUUUUUACAGUUUCAUUAUUGUUCCAACGAAUAUAACAAAAUACAGUUUUAAUGCCAUACUUCCUAUUCCUAUUGACACAGUUGGUUUGAUUGACUUUUCCAACAGACAUGCUAAUUCUUCCGUAAAGUUUCACCACUCAGGGUAUUUGUGGCAAGUUUAGCUUUGACCUGGUAAAACGGAUUUAAUUUCUUUUUGAAAAAGA